CGCGUAUCCAAGGACUGGUGUUUGUACUGCUGCCUGUGAGUAACAGCUGAGCUUUGCAGCCCUAUACAGACAUCGUCUCACCGUCCAAACAACAGACACAGGCUGCUGGGAUGAUGCCAGGUUACAGGGAAAUACUGGGGCUUCUGUUCUACGCUCUGUCUCAGAUUUGCUCACAGUCUUGCAGAACCCCAUGUACUUGUCUCCGGAUCCCAGUUCAAUGUCCUCCUAGUUCACGCCUAAUUGUGGAUGGCUGUGGUUGCUGCAAGAUCUGUGCACGUCGCCUUGGGGAACCUUGUGACCAGAUCAACCUGUGUGACAAGAUGCAGGAACUGAUCUGCGAUUAUUCUACAAGCAUUGAUGGAAGAGGAGGAACCUGUAACUAUAACCAGGGUGGCAGUUGUAACAUUGAUGGGAAAGUCUAUGAAGAUGGAGAAACCUUUCAGCCCAGCUGUAAAGUCCAGUGCACUUGUAUGGAUGGAGGUGUAACCUGUAUUCCCCUGUGCAGUGAGGAUAUCCAGCUCCCGAGCACCACAUGUCCCUUUCCUAUAAAAGUAGUUGUUCCAGGGAGGUGCUGUCAUGAGUGGAUAUGUGAUGGACCCCAACAGUCCAGGCUCCUCAGCUAUGUGGAACAAGGUACGAUGGAGGUUCGCUGCCCAGAGUGGAGCACAGAAUGGGGAGCUUGUUCUCAGGACUGUGGCAUUGGGAUCUCUUUACGUGUGUCUAACCAAAAUCCAUUCUGCAGAUUGGAGAGCCAGAGCCGCCUGUGCAUGGUGAGACCCUGUGGAGACUUCACAGCUGGCUUAAUAGGAGCAUCUUGUGUCCCGAACCUACAAUCCUCCCAUCCGUUAAGGUUGGAGUUCCCAGGCUGUGUCAGUGUCCGCAGGUUUCUCCUCAAGUUCUGUGGCUCGUGUGGUGCAAGGAAAUGCGUCCCGCAUCAGACCACAACAGAGACAGUAGAAUUUAAGUGUAAAGCUGGAUUAACCAGGAGAUUAAUGAUGUUCAUCAUUUCAUGUGUCUGCUACUAGAGAAUACUCGUGUGCAAGCAAGUCAAGCAAAACAUACAACGGAGCGCCAAAUGGACAAAUCCUGUGAAGAGGACAAAUCCUGCCAAUGUAAUGUACCCAUGCCCUGGAUUUAUAGAGGCAGAAAAUGUCCUGAUACCCAUCCAUGAGUCGGCUUCCAGCCAGAGCUUUGAUGCAUGCAGUACUACCAUCGUUGUCUUCUACAACAUGGUUGUAUGAUCAUCCAGAAUGUACUUGUCUUUAUCUAGGGACAUACAUAGUUUUGUAUAUGAGCUAUAAACACAAAAUUAAAGUGAAGGUUUAUUUACACACUGGCCUUGUAAAUCUAGUAAAUAAGUUCUACUAAGUUGUCUCAGGUCAAUUUUCAGUGAGGGUGGCAAGGUGGGCUUUGGGGCUGAUGGCAGUGAGUGACGCUAGUGCCGUGCCUGGAAAGUCACACAUUUUUGAGCCAAUAAAGCUUGCACAAAAAUACUUUCACUAGUUGUCAUUCAUUUGACCUAAAGUCAUCUCUCCGGUUCCCCACAUACGCAUGAAUUUUUUACUCAUGUUCAUGUGUUCUCAAGGGAAAGAGUAGGGGUAAGCCAUUGCCAGACAGCUCUAAACAAAAGGGUCAGGCAGUUGAAACAUGCCGGAUCUUUCUCUCAGGAUGCCCCACACACAUCAGACAGUCUGCAAUUUAUCGGGUUUGGACGGCUUUUGGCUAAUGUGUAAGAUAAGAGUUAAUGGCAGUAGCAACUGAACCCUUCUAUGCUUAGCUACUUUUACUUGCAUGCUGAAUAAAGUGU